AUGGAUUUUUCAAAAACACACUUGGAAUCUGCAGACGAAAGAGGUGACACAUCGCCCACAAAGAAACCUUUAAGUUUGGAGGCAAGACACAGCAUAGCCAUAGAAUCUGCUCGCAAAAUAAGCAAAAACAUUAAAUCAAGUAUUUUUAUGCCGAAAAUGCCGAUAAGUACCCAAAAAUAUCCAUGGAUCUCAAAAACAAGUCCACCGAAAAAGCAACAACCUACGACAAAUGUCAGGUCAGAAAACCACAACAUCGUUACGCCCACACCCACAAAAGAUGUGGUACUGCAGCGGGUAAAAUGGAAACUUAAAGCUUAUCACACAAAACAGAAUCGAACGGCAAACCGUAAUGGUGGCAGUGAAUGCGGUGGCAAAUUAGGGAAAUUUCGUCGGAAUUUUGAAAGAUCGUAUCAGAGAAAUCGGCUAGCGAAAGAGAUGAAUGAUGACAAAGAGACUAGAGGGGAAGGAGAUUGCAGAGAUCACAGAGAAGGUGAAAAGCACAUCACGCAAUUGGAUAAAUAUUCAGCGAUUGAGAAUACCCUUAAAGGUAUGGGUUUGGAAAAUACCAGCGAUGAAGAAGAAGAUGAUAUGGAGAUUGGGGUACUAACAGAUCCUAUUGAGGAGGAAGAAGCAGAUAACUCUAUGGAGAAUCCUAAUUCGGAGGAUAUAAUUGAUUUAAAUAGUUCCAUAGAGGAUCAUGAAAAGAACGGCCAUCAAGAAGUAAUUAAUUUAGAUGAUUCCAUGGAGGUUGUGGAACUUGUAGAUUUAACAGAAGAAGAAGAUACCCUAGAAGCGGACCAGCGACAAUCCCGCAAUAAAAAACAUUCCUUACAUGUUGUCGAUGAAGUGUAUAAUUAUAUUGAAUCCCUCACCGAGGCAUGUGAAUUCCAGUUACUUCUUGCCACAUGUAAUGCUGCUUAUCCUGCCUCCGAUAUGGAUCAGGAAAUUUCACAGGAUCUGCAUGCUAUUGAAAAUUCAAUUUAUGAUUUUGCAACAAUGCUGCAUGAAACCUAUAGGAAGUUGAAUGAUAUGGAAUGUGAACAGAGUGAAGAAAGUCCCAGCCCCAGCAAUAUUGCAAUGUCAGAAGGACCACCAGAUCCUGCAACAGGUUCACCUGAUGCUCACACUCAUCAAAUCCCUAAUUUAAAGGAUCAAAUUGAGGAUCAAUCAUGCCACAGAAGCACGGUUAUAAAUCAUACUGGCAAAUGUCAAGCGGAAUUAUCCAACAGUGAAUCAAGAAGAAGUGGAGAUUUUGACCAAGGAAUUGCUUCGGAGUUACAAACACCUGGAGUUGUCAAAGAACUAAGAAGAGAAGAUUUCAACCAUGGGUUACAACCAUCUGCCACAGUUGCCUCAACGAUGCCCAAUGAAAGAACGACAUCUAACGAAUAUCCAAGACCUGAACCACAUAGAAGUGAUUCUAAAACAGUUAUAGAAUCCGAAAUGGGUAACCAUUUUGCAUUACGCUAUGUUCGUCCAUGGAAUUUUUCACAAUAUGAUUCAGUCUCAGAGGAGAAUACAACUGCAAAUUACUCACAAGAUCGGGCUCCAGAUAACCAACAUGAAAGCAAUUCGAGUGAAGAGCCCGGGAGAUUACCACCACAACCUGACACAAUGCUUAGACCCCAAUUCAACCAAAAUUCAAAUGAUUGUGAAAGAGUUCGCAAUGAAAAUUUGGAUCAAAUUCCACAAAGAAAUACCGAUAUUGACAAUCAAAGCCCCUCACAUCGAAUUAUUACACCAAAAAUGUCUAAUCAUACCAAAGAAUCUCUGAUUUCGGGUUCGGAAAAUGCGAGAAAUAUACAAAAGGAAAAAUCGCAAACAAGAAAUUCAAUAUCCCUUACCAAUUCCAAUUCACAAGCUGAUCCUGCCCAUACCUCUAUAAAUUCAAAUUCAAAAAAGAAAAGGCAAAAGAGUUCGGAAGAAGUUCUUCAAAGAGAUAUUUCGAGUACACCUCUCAAUAAUGACAAAGAAACAGCAACAACAAGAAGAACGCCUAAUAAUUACCCCAAUCAAAAGUCAGAUGGUACCUUAACUCCUGCUCCUCCCAAUCAUUGUAAUAAGUUGGCCACCAAUCCUGCCAUCACCUUGAACAAUCCUAACCAAAGAGGCCAACAAAUGAUAUCUCAUUCCCACCAAAACCAACAUUUUGCCAAUGAUCUGCAAAGUAAUCCAUCUGCCUUAAGAAAGAAUAACCCUCAAACAAGAUGCAAACAAAUUGUAUCCCCUUCCCGACAAAAUCAAGUGGCUGUGGAUCUUCAAAUAAAUUCACCUCCAUUACUUUCCACAAUCCCUACAAUACAACAGUCACCUGCGUUACCCUCCACAAAUCAGGCUAAUCAUCCUGCUAUCACACUGAAUAAUCCUAACCAAAGAGGCCAAGAAAUUGCCACCCUUUCCCACCAAAACCAACAUUUUGAUCCUCAAAGAAAUUCACCUGCUGAUCGUGAAAGGAAUCAACCUGCCGUUCUACAGAAUAACGCCCAAACAAGAGGCGACCAAAUAACCACCCCUUCCCGCCAAAAUCAUGUGGCUGCGGAUCUUCAAAUAAAUCCGCCUCCAAUAUUUUCCACACCUCCUACAAAACAACAGUCACCAGCGUUACCCUCCACCGAUCGGUCAACUAACAUUUCUACUUCCCAUUAUCCUCCCAGGAAAUCUACGGAACAUAACCCCGCAAACAGUAUUCCAAGAGAUCCGCAGCAGUACCUGAAACUCAAUAACAAUUCUUGUUUGGCAACAAUUUCCCCUACUGGGAAUUCAGCACCACAUUCCUUUAAUACAAAUCACCGAGAAGAAUUAUCGAGAAGUCAUGCCAAUCCUCCCGCCCCACCUCCUAGUUAUAACCCAUUAACUCAAAAAAUAACCAGGACUGUUGACCCACCACCUUAUCCACAACAAAACAAGCCACAUUUAAUUCCGCCACAUCAGCAUCAUCAAAACUAUAACCCACCAUUAAGAAGCCAAUUUCCCGCACCAGAACACCUUCAGGCCCCUUGGGGAUUUUCACAGUAUCCUCAUCAUAAUGAUCCGAAUGACAAAAUUCCCACACCGCCCACACAUUUUCAAUUUUCUGCAAAUCAAAUGACGCAACAUUCCCGACCUCCAUAUUUUCAUGGAGCUGCACCUCAUCAGGAAAACCAAGGUUUCACAAAUUAUCCACCGCCUUUGCCAAUGCCAGUACAAAAUUUGCCAAGUCCCACACAACCACAACCACUCCCUCCCCAACCCUCACAUUAUGGUCCAUCUACUUCCCAAUUACCGCCACCAGCAGCACCACCACAAAUGAUAACUCCCUUACAACCUCCGUUGCCAUUCCAUGUGAAUAGUCAUCUAUCACCUCUCUUGACCCCGCCCCAAUCUUCAGAGCGCCAAUUGUCUCCGCUAUUCCCUCUUGGACCAUAUAAUGUAAUAGGCGACCAGCACCGAACAGUAAGCGUAUUUCCGGGCAUCGUUGAAUUAAAAUGCUAA